AUGCUUGAGCUUCACGUAGCUGAUCCUCAGGUCUGUUGUGAUGUAGAGAGAACUAGAGAAGCUGAGUGCUUCUCAUUCUCUCACCGGACGCUGAAGGACUGUGUCGUGUGCUGUGUUUGUGUCGUGCAGGAGCUGUUCAAGCGGGUGGUGCCGUAUCACUGUCUGGGAAGCAUCUGGUCUCAGAGAGAUAAGAAAGGGAAGGAACAUCUGGCGCCGACCAUCAGAGCCACGGUCAGCCAGUUCAACCGCGUCACCAACUGCGUCAUUUCCACCUGCCUCAGCGACCGGACGCACAAGCCCAGCCAGAGAGCCCGGAUCCUGGAGCACUGGAUCCAAGUAGCCAGAGAGUGUCGGAUCUUGAAGAACUUCUCGUCUCUGCGUGCGAUUCUGUCGGCGCUGCAGUGUAACCCGGUUCACCGGCUCAAGAAAACAUGGGACGAAGUGUCACGAGAAAACUUUCGCAUCUUCCAGGAGCUGUCAGAGAUAUUCUCUGAUGAGAACAACCACUCGCUGAGCCGAGAACUGCUGAUAAAGGAGGGAACGUCCAAAUUUGCCACUUUGGAGAUCAACCCUAAGCGAGCGCAGAAACGACAGCAGCCGCAGAGAGAUCUGACUGUGAUGCAGGGGACGAUUCCUUACCUGGGAACUUUCCUGACGGAUCUGGUCAUGAUGGACACGGCCAUGAAAGACUAUCUGGACGUGAGUCUCUCUUCUUCACCUACAGAAGAAGUGAGUACUGGUGAGACAUUCAGACGCAGACUGCAGCUGAACGCUCUGAUGGACGAUGAUCCACACCGGCAGCUGCUCUCAGAUCAUACUGUGAUGCAGGGGACGAUUCCUUACCUGGGAACUUUCCUGACGGAUCUGGUCAUGAUGGACACGGCCAUGAAAGACUAUCUGGACGUGAGUGUAACAGACACACUCAUGACAUCAACCAUCUACAGUCAGUCGUGUGAGAUCGAGCCGCUCUCUGAAUCGGCCUCCAACACGCUGAGAGCCAAGAAGAGCUCAGGAAUCAUGAAGAGAUGGAGCGAUCGGCAGCCCGUGGGUUCGGGGGAAGCCGGAUGCAGCGGCUCUGGAAGCUCUCACUCCAAGUCCUUCGAUCAGCUGCGCUUCCCGCCGGGUUUGAGCGGCUCGGCCGGCGACGGCGGCGACUCUCUCAGCGUGACGUCCGCGGGGUCCAGCAGCUCUGACGUGGAGGAGGUCAACAUCAGCUUCAUCUCUGAUUCACCCGACGCUCUGGAGAGGAAGACCUCCACGCCCUUCGUAAAACAUUCCAAUUCUACCUUAGGGAAGUGCGGCCCUACGGCAGACCUGAUACCCACGUUCUGGGAGUGCACGUCUCUGUCGUCUCUGGACGCGACGGGUCUCGGCUCAGGUUCUGGCUCCAGCAGUGCCUCCUCGUCUUCGGUGUCGUCCACACCGGUCACAGCGUCCCGCUCGCACAAGCGCUCCGUCUCCGGCGUGUCCAGCUACUCGUCUCUCUCUCUGCCGCUUUACAACCAGCAGGUGGACGACUGCUGCAUCAUCAGAGUCAGCCUGGACGUGGACAACGGAAACAUGUACAAGAGCAUACUGGUCACCAGUCAGGAUAAGACUCCCGCAGUCGUGAGGAAAGCCAUGAUCAAACACAACCUGGACCGCGAGCGAGCCGAGGAUUAUGAACUGGUUCAGAAAAUCAGUGAGGAAAAGGAGCUGAAGAUUCCCGACAACGCCAAUGUUUUUUACGCCAUGAACUCCACAGCCAACUAUGACUUUGUCUUGAAGAAGAGAGGUUUCCCGAGAGCAGGCCGCACCAAACACGUGGCCAGCUCCACGCUGCCCCGAAUGAAGCAGAAAGGUCUGAAGAUCGCCAAGGGACUCUUCUGAACCCCAAGCUCUUGUUGUGUCAGUACAGCAGCAGCUGGAUGGCCAAACUCUCCCUGAGAGGCGAUCUGUAUGUUUACAGUCAUUCCCGAAUCUCCGAGACCCGCUUCGUCUGUGGUGUCACUAGCGCUGCUUCUGAGGUCAGCUGUAGGUCCUCUUUCACAUGAUGGUGUGGUCAUCUGGCUGAUCACAUGACCGGAAGAGACCGCACACCUUCGUCAGAAUGUCACACUCAUCAGUGUUUUUCCUCUUUACUACCGCAGUGGUGCUCAGGCCGAUGAAACUUCUCUCUCUUCUUCUGUUUCUUGCUUUCAUUUCUCACACAUUCAGAGAUGCCGAGUGACUCUGUCAUUGGCUUUGUUGAUAAAAGUACGAUGAAAGCGAAUUCACUUUAUUGCCACUACAAAUGAUCAUUCUGGAGGAGGUGGUGUUCACGUGUAAAUCUGAGCAGUGGACGUUUGUUUCUAACAUGAGUCUAGUAUAACAGCGCAGUCGCUCACUGUGACACUCGACUUCAGUAUCUCAGAGCUCACAUGUGCUGUCUUCAGUGCUAUUAGCAGUCGCUGCAGCGCAUCGCUACUCAUUCACGUAAAGAAUGGCUUUCAGGCUUCUGAAAUGCAGCCAUAGCAUCUGAAAUUAGAAUGAAAUGCCAAAAGGUUUCCAGGUGUUCAGCGGUCCGGAGACAUUGGCUGUAGUUCUGAUGAACCGGCGCUGAGAUCGGAAGAAGAGAGAAACCACAUGAAAAGUGAAACUGCACAUAAGAAGAGAAAUGAACAUGAAUUGUAAUGAGUUUGUUUUGUUUUACAUGUAGUUCAGCGGUCGUUCAUGACUGAAUGCACAUGCUUCACAAAGCUGACCUGCCAUAGAUCCUUUAUAUGUGACCGUAUGAGUGUGUGUGCACGUGCUUGCUACGUUUUAAUGUCUUUGUACGUGUGUUCGUGUCUUGUGCUUAUGACGACAAAACCAAAAGGGCCAAAGAUCUCUGCGCUUUCCGAAAGCGUCGCAGUCCAGUGAGGUCAGCACUGCCUGUUCAGGAAAAUCUACCAUUUCCCAGGAUCUCGGAUCAGAGUGAAAUACCACAGAUAUCUGCUGCCAUUCGUCUUUUUCACUGUCAAAACUAUAUUGAAGAA